AGCGGACAGCCGGCGAGGCCUGGGGUACUGGGCCUCAGCCUGCAGUCGGAGACAGCGGAGAGAAGCCACUCCGAGCUCAGGCUGGAUCCAGGGAAGGGGUUUUUUUUCUGUUAAAACAGAAAGCGCUGGAAGUACUCAGCAGGUCUGGCAACAACUGUAGAGAGAAAAACAGAGUUAACGUUUCAGGGACCUUUCUUGUGGAGAAUGUGGAAGUUUUUCAGAUCGAACCUCCUGGGGCCGUCGGUUCAAACGCAAAGAUGCCAGCCCAGUUUCAGCAGCUACUGCAGAAAGUGGCACAGCACACACUCCAAUUAACAGAACGCAAACUAGAUUGAAACCUCACAGUGGGGAAAAAACCUAAAACGUUAAUGUUCGGAUAGCCCCCCCACACCCCCCAAUGCGGGCUUUAAAUAUAAUGCCUGGCAAUUUAUACUAUAAUAAAAUUAGAGCUGGGCCAUUCAAGAGUGAAAUGAAGCACAUUUUCAAAGGGUUGUAAAAACCUGAAAUCCUUCCCAGGAGACUGGAUGCUGUGAGAGUAGAAAUUUUCAAAAUGGUAUAUGGUGGUAUUUUUUGUCAACUAAGGACAUUGAGACUUGUGGAACAAAGGCAGGUAAAUGGAGUGAAGUGCAGAUCAGCUGGGACCUAAUUGCAUGGUGAAAUAAAUUUCAGGGGCUCAGUGGUGGAUUGAAUUUAGUGUUGUCUGAUCUAUUCCAAGCAGAUUCUUCAGAAGAUAAUUGAUUGCAGUUAUGAGACAAUCUGUGCCUGGAGCACCAUGUAGGGCUAUGCUGGCAUAUUAAACUGCAAUAUUUAAUUUGAAAAAUUGGCAACAUUCUAGUUUGUAAUAGUUAAAAGAGGGCCUGAGAUGCACAAGAAUCUGAACAGAUCAUAGUUUUUCAACAUUUGAAUAUUCAAGAGCAUAUAGAUUCCCCCUCCCCAAAAAGAUUUAAUUUUGCAAUAGAAAUAAUGGUGGGGUGUUCAUGGUUACUAUAAAUUGGACAGCAUCAUUCAGUGUCUGCAUACAUGCAGUGAAACCAGGAAAUCAUUCUCAAAUGAUGCCAGCUGGGUUAACUCGUGGUUGUUGAACAUCUUGCCUCAAGGGAGGGAAAAACUGACAUGGGCUGUCAUGACCUUCACUCUAGGUCUUUGUGUAAGCAAGAAUGUUGGACAUCAGAGGCUGGGCAGAGUACAUUGUUGAAUGGGCUGCAAAAGAUCCCUAUGGUUUCCUUUCAACAGUUAUCUUGGCACUAACCCCGCUGUUCUUAGCAAGUGCAGUGCUGUCAUGGAAACUGGCAAAAAUGAUUGAGGCCAGAGAUCGAGAACAGAAGAAGAAACAAAAGCGUCAAGAAAAUAUUAAUAAAGCAAAAAGACCAAAGAAGGACUGAACACAUAAUGAGGAAACAUUCCGUAUCUUGAACAAAAAUGCACCCUGUUUUUCAUAUUUAACAAUUGCAGUUAUAUUUGGCAAUAACUUCCAAGGAUGGCACCAUAAUUCAGUGACUGCUUCAUUAGAUGUGUGCAUUUAUCUUCUAAUAUUUCAAGUUUUGGGUUUUUAUAUCCUUUAAUAUUGGGAUGAACAUUUCCACUCAUGCUUUACAGCUAAUUUUCUACUGUACUGUUUCCUAUUUGAAAUAAGUAUGCAUUUUCAUUCCUUGUAUACCUAUUUCAUAAAAUCUGUAAUCUUGUGAUUAUGAAAGUGUACUGAACCAUUGCUCUGAAAUCAAUAUAUUGAUAAAUUCAUAAAAAUGUUUGGAAAUCAAUGUAAGGUUACGGUUUCUGAUUUUGAAAAUAACCUCUAAUUUAUAUCGAAUUCUAUUUUGCUUAAAAACCUGAACUGUUAUUGACUGAAUUUAAUUCACAGUUGCAAAAUGAUAUGAGGUGAAGGAAAAACCUAAAACAAUUUUAUUUGGCAACAUGAUCCACAGUAAAGCCAUUGAAGGACAAGGCUGAAUUUCCAAGUGAAAGUCUUUGGCAAGAUAUUUCUGUUAGCUAGUAGCCAACAUGAAUUAUACUUUGAUACAAUGUACCGUUACACCAGUUACAUGUAAUGUUAUAAACAUUUUGCAAGGUGGUCUGUUGUCUCAAAACAAAAUUUUUGCCAAAUACGUUUAUAGCAGACGGUGCUCUUUAGUUUCUCUAUGCUCCUAAUGGUAAUUAUAUUAAAUGGUACCUUUUGUACUGUGAAAA